CCCAGCAUGCAGGGCUCAGUGGCACAUCAGCUACUCCUGCUCUGCAGCCGCACACCGCAGCUCAUCCUCCUGCUGCUUCCUCUGCGACAUUUGCGCUUGUGUUUGCGCCAUUCUGCCGCUGAGAUGCGCCUGGGGCUGGUGGAGUCGGGGCGGAGUUUAUCCUCCUCUGUUUAGCUUUUUUCUCCAAUCCACGUGGCUCCUGAGUUACUAUAUUAGAGUCACAGGAAGGCAGAAGGGAGAAGUCGAUGAAGGGAGGGCAGAGGUGGAAUUGUGCUCUGUACCAGGAGGAGGGGGACAUUGCACUGGGGAUACGGACAACUUGGCGAAUGCAGCUUUGACAUCGCUGCGCGAACCGCACAUGACAGACCUGGCUGUAGGACACAGGCGUUGAAGAAUCAGAAUGUCCAGAAGAAACAAACUUUGUAGGAGAAAAUUAUUAGAUUCCAUGAAGGUCUUUCUCAUAAUUACAUCAGUGAUGCUGGAGGCUGGUUUGUAACCCCUGAGAAGCUUCACACAACUUUUUCCAAGCUACUCAAGAAAAGUAGGACUUAUUUGCAGUACCACUCUUAAUUUCCAGGAGAUUACCAUAGAUUGGUGGCCAACCGGUACAGGGAUUUACGACCAAGUUUACCACUUCUGUUGAGUGUCCUGUCCAACGUAAAUCAUGGUUGCCUUAAAAAACAGGAAUCUCAAGCUGUUUACAGUUGUGUUGGCGGUCUUCGCCAUUACCAUCAUGUCGUUCCUCCACUACAACCAGAACUCUGGACUUGUCCUGUGGAACCCUGGAAAGUACUUCAGGUUCUCAGGGCCAUUCAUUCGAUUCAUAUCAUCAGUGCGGAGAUCGUGCAGCUGCGAAACCUGUGUGUCCGAACCCGAGAGCCCCCUGUGGUUUAAUGAAAGGUUUAAUCUCAGCAUCCCUCCAUUGCUGACCAAACAGAACAGUGUGGUGUCCGAGAGCACGUACAAGUGGUGGAUGAGGUUACAAGAUGAUAAGAACCCGAUGGAUAUCAACAAAGCCAUUGAAGAAAUCUUCAAAGUUAUUCCAGGUGACAACAGUUUGCUGAACCAUAAUCCAUACCGGUGCCGAACGUGUGCCAUUGUGGGCAAUUCCGGGAACCUCAAAGGCUCAGAUUAUGGGCAGGAUAUUGAUGCCCACGACUUUGUGUUGAGGAUGAAUCACGCUCCCACCGCUAGAUUUGAGAAGGACGUUGGGAAUAAGACCACUCACCACUUUGUCUACCCAGAGAGUGUGCGGGACCUAAGGGACAACGUCAGCAUGGUCCUCAUUCCUUUCAAAACCCUUGAUCUACAGUGGAUUGUCAGCGCGCUGACCACCGGGUCUAUAGACUUCACGUAUGCUCCAGUUCCGCGCAGGAUCAAGGUCACCAAAGACAAGAUUCUCGUCUACCACCCAGACUUCAUGAAAUACAUCUAUGACAAGUGGUUAUUUCGCCACGGCCGGUACCCGUCCACUGGAAUGCUAAGUGUUGUAUUUGCCCUUCACAUCUGUGAUCAGGUGGAUUUGUAUGGUUUUGGGGCUGACAGCAAAGGAAACUGGCAUCAUUACUGGGAGAACAACCCAUCCGCUGGAGCCUUCAGGCAAACCGGCGUCCACGAUGGGGACUUUGAAGCGGAACUUAUAGGAAACCUUACUUCUAUCAACAAAAUCAAAGUUUACAAAGGCAGAUGACCCAGAUGAGGCCACUAUACGGUGGAUGAGUCUGUAUUCGGAGUCCAUACUUAUGGUGUUCUAUAAGACAGUGCUGACAUGGUUUUUGUGCAAUGUGUUUAAUCGAAAAACAUUCAAUAUGGAAAAAAAAACAACCUAUGGAGAUGGGACAACCUUGGUGGUUGAGGUUCUUCUAAUCGUCUGAGGACUUAUUCUUGGAGAGUUGGAACCAUCAAGGCUGGUCUUAAAGGCCUAAGGACUGCUUCUUCUUCUGAAGAUUACCAGAUCCUUUGGGAACCCGGAGGGCUAACGCCUAGUUGUAUUACUUGUAUUACUGUCUAAAAAGUACAAGGACUAAUUCUUCUUCUGAAGAUCACUUCAUAGAGAUGAUCAGUCGAGAACCCUGGGAAGUCAUGGAUUUUCCUUGAGCUCAUGUUCUAAGUGUAUAAAACCUUCUUCAGAUUCAAAAGGAUUCCAAAAGUUUUUAUAAUAUCCUAGGAUCUCAAGGACCAUCCGGAUGCAAUCUAUGUUGUAUGUCCAAAACCAGGACCAUUCGGACCUUCUCAUCCUCGACUUUAAGUCUGUAACUGAUAUUUCAUUUUUGUACUCUGACUUGAGGGAAUGUCAAUGGCUUGGUUGAAGACUUGUCCACAGUGUGGGAAUAUUUUUUUUGGACAUUAUUUCAUACGGCUAAUGUUUAAUAACCUUCUUUAACUAUCAAAGCUGACAAAAAAUCUAAUCGUUACAAAUAUGCUUUUACAGCAACAAUUUUAGGGUGAAAAGGUGCUUUUUUAAAUUAGGGAAUUGCAUCAAAUUCAAAAACAAACUACAGAAUGAUACAAUGGUAUUUUUGCUUUUAAAAAUGUUCUUUUUGUGUAAUUACCUCAGCGUUAUUGUCAUUUUUCACUCUCAGCCAAUUGUCAUGGAUACCCCUGAGAUAUUUUAUGCGCUUUUGCCGGAAUGCGAACUACGGUACGGGUGAUCUCAAUUUUUUUUUUUUUUACAGCCUUACUCCAAAAGGAUGUUUGAGAUGAAUAUUGGGAAAGUGUUAGCAGGACCUUCUACCCCAAGUAGGACACGUCUUUCUGUAGCUUUAAGUUAUUAAUGUAUUGGUGGAAUCUUUUUGAAUUUUUUUUAUUUUAGCUUUAUUCAACAAGUGAGAACUGACCACUAUAUUGAGAUGAUGGAUAAUGGCAAAAAAAAGUUAUGUUUUGUUCACGGGAAUAUGUUACACCUCUUUACUUCCAGGUUGCUCUUGACCGCUGUGCCAGUCACUGUAUUGAGAGUGACCAAGAAGUAGAGACUGGUGGGGGCCAGAGAAGUGUCAAAAUGGAGUGGUUGGGCAUCAGUGAGUUGAGCAUGACUUAC